AUGAUCCUGCUGAGAAUACCGACACGGUUUUAUUGUUCAUCGCUGAAGCUCACAAAGGGCUUGUCCCCAUUGAAGAAAUCCCUAUUAUCCAAGAAAAGAAAGGAAGAUGUCCAUCCAUCUACACCUGUAAGAACUAGGUUUGCGCCUUCUCCGACUGGUUUUUUACAUUUAGGGUCACUUAGAACAGCUCUUUAUAAUUAUUUGCUGGCGAGAAAUACUAAUGGACAGUUUCUACUUCGUUUGGAAGAUACAGACCAAAAAAGAUUAGUACCUGGUGCGGAAGAGAACAUUUACGAGGUUUUGAAAUGGUGCAAAAUAGAUUGGGAUGAAACUCCUGUAAAGCAGAGCGAGAGAAAAUUGAUCUAUGAUAAAUACGUGAAAAUACUAUUAUCUUCUGGGAUGGCAUAUAGAUGUUUUUGUUCGAAAGAACGACUGAACGAUUUAAGGCGCUCAGCAAUGGAAUUGAAACCACCUUCUAUGGCAAGUUAUGACCGGUGUUGCGCACACUUGACAAAAGAGGAAAUAGAAUCUAAGCUAGUGCAAGAUACGCCCUUCACUGUGAGGUUGAAAUCGCCAGAACAGUAUCCGACAUUUGCUGACGUUUUACACGGUGAAAUUAAUCUUCAACCCCAAGUUAACUAUAACGAUAGAAGAUACGACGACCUCAUCCUUGUCAAGUCUGAUAAAUUGCCAACUUAUCAUCUCGCAAAUGUUGUAGAUGAUCACUUGAUGGGGAUAACACACGUAAUAAGAGGUGAAGAAUGGCUCCCUUCUACCCCAAAACACAUCGCCUUGUACAACGCAUUUGGUUGGGAUUAUCCAAAGUUCAUCCAUAUCCCCCUCUUGACAACUGUUGGUGACAAGAAAUUGAGUAAAAGAAAGGGCGACAUGUCCAUAUCAAGUCUAAAGAAUGAGGGAGUCUUACCGGAAGCUUUAAUCAAUUUUUGUGCAUUAUUUGGCUGGUCUCCUCCAAGAAAUUUAGCCUCGAAGAAGCACGAGUGCUUUUCGAUGGAUGAUUUGGAAAAACUAUUUAAUUUGAACGGUUUGACAAAGGGGAACGCCAAAGUUGAUGACAAAAAACUGUGGUUCUUCAACAAGCAUUUUUUGCAGGAAAGAUUCACAGACCCUGUGAAGUUGAAAGAACUCGUCGAUGGGAUCAUGCCUUCGUUAGAGUCCAGAUAUAAUGCAUCUACGUUAAAUCGCGAGAAAGUGUCAAAAAUUCUACUAAAUUGCGGUAGUUGCUUAACUAGGAUCAACGACUUUUGUGACGAGUUUUGUUAUUUUUUUGAGAAGCCUAGAUACAACGAUAAUGACGGUGUUACAAAAUUCCUCAGCAAGAAUGAAACUCACCAUGUUGUUGAAUUAUUAGAGAAGUUUGGACAGUUUAAAGAAGGCGCCAAUGCGCAAGACGUGGAAUCUAUGAUCGACACGAUGUGCCGUGAACACGGCUUCUCUAAAAACGUCAUAUAUCAAACGAUACGAUUUGCUCUUGCAGGAUGCCAUUCCGGCGCCAAAUUAGCAGUCAUGAUUGAUAUUCUGAGUGUUAAAGAAAGUAACCAAAGACUAGCUGAAGGUUUGGAGUUCUUACAAAGCAGGAAGCGGUAG